GCGCUGCAGGCCUUGCGAGGCUGGCGGAGGCGAGUGCCAGCUCGCACCAGGCUCCCGCUGCCCUGGGAGAUCGUGGCGCUCAUCGCGACUCGCCUGAUCGAUCGGGGCCAGCUGCGGGUCGCCCUCUACGCGCUGGUGACCUUCGCGGGCCACCUGCGACCGUCGGAGGCGCUGCGGGCCCUGGGGGCCCACCUGAUCCCCCCGACGCCGGGGGGCGUGUGCGACGGCUGGUCACUGGUGCUCCAUCCUCGCGAGCUGGCGGGGCCCAGCAAGACGCAGGUCUACGACGAGGUGGUCCCCUUCGACCUGCCGUUCUACAGCUUCCUGCCCAGCGCUCUCCGCUGGCUCAAGGCGGCGACCCACCCGAGCGAGCCGCUGUUCCCGUUCCCCCUCGUGCGCGUCAGCUCCCUGUUCAAGGGGGCGGCGGAGGACAUGGGGCUGGCGUCGCUCACCCCGCAGCUGUACCAGCUGCGGCACUCGGGCCCGUCGGUGGAGCUGGCACUGCAGUUGCGGACCCUGGCCAGCGCCAAGCUCCGCGGCCGCUGGCGGACCGACGCGUCGGUCGCGCGCUACCUCGAGCCAGGCCAGCUGCAGAGGCUGGCGCCCGAGGUGCAGCGCGCGGCCCUGCUGGCCCCGGCGCGGCGUUUCCUGGCGCCUCCGAUCUUCGUGGAGGUCUUCUCCGGCGAAGGCGUGCUGGCAGCAGCCUUGCGGGGCGAGGGCGCCCUGGUCAUCGAAUUGAACAUAGCCCGGGGUGCCGACUGGGACCUCGCCGACCCAAAGGUCUCCCGCGUGCUGCGGGGCUGGCUGGGCGCCGGCCUGAUCUGGGGCAUGCAUGUCGGCGCGCCCUGUGAGACGUGGUCCAGCGUCCGAGACACCGGACCGCUGCGCGUGCCAG